AUGCAUUUGAUAAGCUUCUUCUCUGUAAAUCACCCACACACACUUUUCCUGCUCACGACUUACUUAACUACUACUCAGUUACUACCCACUUCCUCCAAUAUUCUCUCUGAACAAACAAUCUUUAAAAAUGAAACCCAUAAAUAAUAAACAAUACUCUCUCUGGUAGACUAAAGAACCCUGAAAAACUUCAUUCUCUCUUUAAAGUUUUUGUACAUUUCUUCAUCUUCUUCUUCUUUGCUGAUUUAAAUCUUCCAGCAGCCAUGAAUGCAAGAGCUGCUUCUGUAGAAACUGUAGAAAAUGGGUCUUUUGAACAGAUUUGGUGUCUUGAACCAGAAAUUGAAGAGGGUUCCAAUCAAAACGGUGCUCACGCUCGCUUACCAGAGUCUCGGAGUGGUUUAUGGUGAUCUCAGUACAUCUCCUCUCUAUGUGUACAAAACCACCUUCUCUGGGAAAUUGAGCCUACAUGAGAAUGAUGAGGAGGUUUAUGGAGUACUAUCAUUUAUUUUUUGGACCUUAACUCUCAUACCUCUUUUCAAGUACAUAUUCUUUGUGCUGUCGGCCGAUGACAACGGUGAAGGUGGUACCUUCGCGCUGUACUCCCUCCUCUGCAGACAUGGGAGACUUGGGAUUCUACCCAACCACCAAGAAGCAGAUGAGAGAUUGGCAUCAUAUGGGAUGGAUGGUUCAGCUGACACAUGGCAGAGCGCUAUGCUGAAAUCAUUCUUUGCAAAGCAUCCAAAGUUCCGUAAUGUACUCUUGAUCUUUGUACUUUUGGGGACCUGUAUGGCAAUUGGUGAUGGUGUACUUACACCAGCAAUCUCAGUUCUUUCGGCUGUUUCAGGAAUUUCAGUUAAAACGACAAAACUUCACGAGAAUUACAUUGUGGUGAUCUCUUGUGUGAUUUUAGUGGUUCUUUUCUCCCUUCAGCAUCAUGGAACACACAGAGUUUCUUUUAUAUUUGCACCCAUUGUUACUGCAUGGCUUCUAUGUAUCAGUGGUAUUGGCAUAUAUAAUAUUUACCGGUGGAACCCAAAAAUAUACCAUGCACUUUCUCCAGUUUACAUGUUUAAAUUCCUCAGAACCACUGGAAUUGAAGGCUGGGUGUCGCUAGGGGGAGUUGUUCUCUCUAUUACAGGUUCCGAGACCAUGUUUGCUGAUUUAGGACAUUUUUCCCCUCUAUCCGUCAAGGUUGCUUUCUCAUUUCUAGUGUAUCCCUGCUUGGUUCUUGCUUAUAUGGGGGAAGCCGCAUUUCUUUCCAGAAACCAUGAUGAUAUACAGAGAAGUUUCUAUAAAGCAAUACCAGAGCCAGUGUUUUGGCCAGUCUUCAUAGUGGCCACGUUUGCAGCUAUAGUGGGAAGUCAGGCUGUUAUAUCUGCUACUUUCUCCAUGGUUAGCCAGUGCUGUGCACUAAAUUGCUUUCCUCGGGUGAAGAUUGUUCAUACUUCAAGUACGAUACACGGGCAGAUAUAUAUUCCAGAGAUCAACUGGAUUCUGAUGUGCCUGUGUUUAGCGGUCACUAUUGGAUUAAGGGACACAAACAUGAUGGGUCAUGCUUAUGGCCUCGCUGUGACGACUGUGAUGUUUGUGACUACUUGCUUGAUGUGUUUGGUUAUAAUAAUCGUAUGGAAGCAACGGAUAACCACUGCUAUCGCGUUUCUGAUAUUGUUCGGUUCAAUUGAGCUCUUAUACAUCUCAUCAUGCAUCAUUAAGGUCCCAGAAGGUGGGUGGAUCCCACUCUCUCUGUCUUUCGUCUGUAUGGGAAUAAUGUAUGUUUGGAACUAUGGAACAUUGAAGAAACACCAAUUCGACAUGGAGAACAAGGUUUCAAUGAAAAGAAUCGUGGCUUUAGGACCUAGCCUAGGCAUGGUUCGAGUCCCAGGCAUUGGACUUGUUUACACCGAUCUGGCAACUGGGGUACCGGCCGUUUUCGGACAUUUUGUGACAAAUUUGCCAGCUUUCCAUCAGGUGUUAGUAUUUGUGUGUGUUAAAUCGGUACAAGUUCCAUAUGUUAGUGAAAGGGAACGUUUUGUUGUAGACAGGGUAGGCACAAAAGAGCAUGGCAUGUUCCGGUGUAUUGUCAGGUAUGGGUACAAAGAUUUACAACAAGAGAACUAUGAUUUCGAAAAUAGGCUAGUAUCUGUUAUAAUACAGUUUGUUGAGAUGGAAGAUGAACAAUGUACGUCCGCUCCAAUAGGAAAAUCAUGUAUCAACAAUGCAAUCUCCAAUAUUGAUUCCUGCGAUGUUUCAAAGCUCAUGUUAUCUCAUCAAAACCGCGAAGAGAAUAUGGUGCAGUCUUUAUCCGAUAUUCAAGUGGUCAGACCCGAAGAUGAUCUUUCAGAGAAUCGUUUCUUCAAGGAGGAAUCACUGCAGAUAAUGAGAGCUAAGGAAUCUGGAGUGGCUUAUAUCCUUGGGCAUUCUUAUGCAAAGGCAAAGAAAUCAUCAUCAUUUUUCAAGAGAUUUUCCAUCAAUUUUGUCUUUGCUUUCCUGAGCAAGAAUUGCAGGGGACCAGAUGUUGUUCUAAAUGUGCCUUAUACAUCUCUACUUGAAGUUGGCAUGAUCUAUUACGUGUAAAAACCUUUUGCUCAAUCCUACUCCACAUCAAGGUCUCUGCUAUACAUUUUCUCGUCAGAAGAAGUGACGACUUACUAUCCUCAAUAAUGAUGGCGAGAUUUCUCAGAAUCAUAAAUGCAUUUUUAAGUUUCGCCAUUCACAAGGAAGCUCUAAUUCAUAGCAUGAACAGUUGACAGUUGAAUAUCUUAGAUAAUACUACUUCCUUUGAUGGUACAAAGCAACAUGUAAAAAUACUCUUUAGAGGAUCAAAGUUUACUAGUGUUAUAGUGGUGAGUAAUUUAAGCUUUGAAUAUAGUGUAUAGCUAGCCUUGUAAAUAAUGGGAAGAAGCACCAUGAACAUCAAGGGGUUCCAAUCCGUUAACAGUUUAUACAUCGACACCUUCUUCUUUUUUCAUUGCAAAAUGAUAUUUCCAUGUCAUUUGAGAUC